CAGAGCAUUGAACAUUGCUUUGAAGAGUAGACAGCACCUUGGCUUCUCUGUGUAUAAACUUUAAUUAUGUCUCACUGCUCAAUCCUAGCCUCAUCUGGACACAAGCAUUUCAGUUCUGGUUCUGUUUCUUUACCCAAACUUUCCAGCUCACACAGCUUCCUAUCACACUCUUCUAAAAAUGUUCACCAGACCAAGCAUUGUUUCAGCAGCAAGAGUGAUCAUUCUGUUGGGUCAAAGGGACCUAAAAUUUCAGUGGGAAGUUUCCAUUUAGGAAAAAGUGGACAUGGACAUGGAUCUGGAUUUGGUAUUGUUGGACAUGGUCAUGGAUUUAAAGGAAUGUCUGGUUCUGGUUCUGGAGGGAUCACAUCAGUUACUGUAAACCAGGGUCUUCUGGCUCCUCUCAAUCUGGAAAUUGACCCAAACAUCCAAAGAGUUAGAACAGAAGAAAAGAACCAAAUUAAGGGCCUGAAUAAUAAAUUUGCCUCCUUUAUUGACCAGGUAAGAUUUUUGGAACAGCAGAACAAGAUGCUGGAGACCAAAUGGUCUAUUCUACAAGAUCAGAAUACAGCAAGAUUGUCGAUUGAACCUUUGUUUGAGGCUUUUAUUGGCAACCUCAGGAGACAGCUGGAGAAUCUAGAAUGUGAGAGAGCUCCACUGGAUGCAGAGAGGAACAGCAUGGAGGGCACUGUAGAAGAACUAAGGAGAAGAUAUGAAGAUGAAGUCAACAGAAGAACAGGUGCCGAGAAUGAAUUUGUUUCUCUGAAGAGGGAUGUUGAUGCUGCUUUCAUGAACAAAGCUGAACUUCAGGCGAAGGCCGACUCCCUGAGCGAUGAGAUCAGCUUCCUUAGGACCCUGUAUGAUGCGGAAAUCAAUCAACUCCAAGCUCAGAUUUCAGACACCUCAGUUCUUGUGUCCAUGGACAACAGCCGAGACCUAGACAUCAAUGGUAUUAUCGCUGAGGUCAGAGCUCAAUAUGAAGAGAUUGCUAACAGAAGUAGAGCAGAGGCUGAAGCCAUGUACCAAUCCAGGUUUGAAGAUCUGCGAACGGCAGCUGGAAGAAAUGGAAACGAUCUGCAGAACAGCCAAAAUGAGAUUGCAGAUCUCAAUCGAACAAUUCAGAAGCUUAAAGGUGAAAUUGAUUGUGCCAAAUCCCAGCGUGCUGCACUUGAAGCUGCCAUCAGGGAAGCUGAGGAAAGUGGUGAAGCUGCUGUCAGGGAUGCCAAGCAAAAAUUGUCUGAAUUGGAGGCUGCUCUACAGAAGGCCAAACAGGACAUGGCUCGCCAACUAAGAGAAUACCAGGAACUGAUGAAUGUUAAACUGGCUCUGGAUAUUGAGAUUGCCACUUAUAAGAAAAUGCUGGAAGGAGAAGAGCACAGGAUAGGUGCAGAGGGACAUGUAAACAUUUCUGUCCUGCACUCCAGCACUGGAGGAAAACACCAUUCUUCAGGAAAGUCCCAUGAAGCCAGUGGCCACCACCACCAACACCAACACCACCAUCAUCAUAAGGGAGGUUUCAGCUCCAGAAGCCAUGUCCCCAUAAGCAAGCAUCACUCCAGCCAUGAACAUCACUGCUAAAGUGAAGACCUAUAUACAGAGAUAUGAUGAAGCUGCUCAAUCGAUGCAAGGCAUAAAAGCCUACUUAGAAAUGUAGAAAUCUCCUUUUCAUAUUUCAUAUUAUUAUUAUAUAUGAAUCAGGGGUGCUGGCUUGCUUAUUAGUGUAGUCUAAAAAUAAUGUUUGCUGUAUAUAUUUGUGACAUUAUAUGCUGUAAAACAUUGCAAUAAACAGUAAUCCAUGUUCCAUCA